GGACGAGGUUACUAACAUCAUUUGCCUGAUUCGUGGAUUGCGACAAAAUUUAUCAAAAAGCCGGUUUUUCGCAGCAAUUUCUUCAAGCAGUAAAACGUCAAAAAUAUCAUUUUUUCAGUAAAUCAUGUAAAGAAAAUAGGCAACCACAGUAAAAGGUGAUGAAAGUCUACGAGUUUACAUGUUCCCUUCAUCAAUCAAGAGGCCCCAUUUUUCGCUUCUUCUAAUGGAACACAAUGGCUCAAAGCAACAGCCUCAAGAUGUGGCGGCCUUGUUGAGCCCAAACAUAGCACAGGCCAAGCUGGAACAGGUGAAGGAUGAUAGUAAAAAGAGGCAAUUAGCCCCCAAAAGAAGCUCUAACAAAGAUAGGCAUAAGAAAGUUGAAGGGAGAGGUAGAAGAAUUAGGAUACCAGCUUUAUCUGCAGCUAGAAUUUUUCAGUUGACAAAAGAGUUGGGUCAUAAAACUGACGGAGAGACAAUUCAGUGGCUUUUACAGCAGGCCGAGGGAUCAAUUAUUGCUGCAACAGGUACCGGGACAAUCCCGGCAUCCACUAUUACGGCUGCAGGGAGCUCUGUUUCAGAACAGGGGAGCUCUGUGUCGUCCGGUGUCUAUGCAAAAUUCAAUGAGAUCGGGGCACGAAUCGGAAUGAGGAAUCACUUGGCUAUGAUCGGUGAAGAUUUUGGUAGAUCCCAUAUUCCAUCCGGGGUGUGGCCUUCUUUCGGUGGUUUCGGAUCUGAAAUUCUGCAGAAUUCUAAUGUUUUAAGCUCGAACCGCAUGCCUAAACUCGGUUAUCAUGGGUUAGAAUUCCCCAAUUCAUUGGAUAUCAGUAACCAUGUGCCAGGUCUAGAGCUUGGUCUUUCUCAGGAGGGUCCUAUUGGAGGUCUGAAUCUUCAAGCUUUGAACCAGCUUUACCAGCAAAUUGGACAGAAUGGAGAUCCCACUAAGGAUAAUUCUCAAGGAUCAAGGCAGUAGAGUCUCACUAUUAUCAGGACUAUAUGUAAGGUAGCAUCUUUUAAGGUUUGUUUUUGAAAGUAUCAAUGUUCUGAAUUAUAUCGUUCUUGUGAAUCCAAUUCACGCCAAAUGGAUUAGAAUUGGCUGCAAGAACCGUUGGUGGUUUUUGCUGCGUAGCUAAAUCAAAUGUCCACAAGGAGUUUGGACUACACGUUUAGCAGCAAGGUGCGAUGAGUUUGGUUGUCAACACCUUUUUCGUUUCUGGUUUUUCUUAAACAAUUUUGAUGAAUGCUGGCCAAACAUAUUGGCUUUGUACUUAAAUACAAUGAGUUUUAGUUGUUUGCUUGUAUGUUGAAACUAGGAAGUUUCUCAAGCAUACUUUGUAACAGUUUCUGAUACCUAUGAAUAUAUAUGUCAGUUGGGAUACCCGACUUUCUUUCGCAAUA